AUGGCCAUGAAUCUCCAGGACCGUUAUGACAACGAACUCAAGAGAUGCUACUGUACUCGUCGCGACUGCAACUUCAGUUGCGAAGUCGCAUCGCUUUGUGACAGUAUUUCGGAUGGUAUUCUCAAGAAAUCCUUCAUAAAAGAAGUCGAGAUUGCCUUCGUCGAGCAAGACACUAUCUCGGGCGUCUUGCGUGGUGCUCAUGGGGACUGGUGCGAAAUGUUCAAGGAUAAUGCUAACGAAAUGGACACUCAUAUGUGUUUCAUCAAGAACAGUGUCUUCCGUGCUGCAGUAGUCAUGCAGUUUAUCUACAACUGCACCAUGGGAGUCUACAAGAGCUGCAGAAAUCGCAUGCUCCAUCAAUUUCUCAUCGAUCCACUUGGGCGUAUCAUUCCGGAAAACGGUGACUUUGUUCACCGCAUCAUUACUAAUCCGAGAUUCAACUUUGCAAGGCUGUUCCGCUCGUCUAUCCGUAUCUUGAACCACGAAAUCAAACGUAUCGAGUUCACCAGGGAUUGUGUCCAUGAAUUCGUGCAGUUCUUGGACCUCCAACUACCACAAGUUGAGCUGACUAACCAAAAUUUGAUUCACAAGGUCACAUCGGAAGGAAGAAAAGAUCUUGAGAAAACUCUCAAACAACACACCUUUUUGUGGAAAACCUACAAAGUUUGGCAUGUCAAAAACCGCAACUUCCUUCUAACCACGGAGAGAAUGAUGGCUUGCAACUUGUGCAAGUUGAUCCGCAUGCGCGACAUGCACGUAUUGGCUCUCAACCACUGGAAUGACUUCUCGGCGAUUCCAGAUCCACUCCACCCACGCAACUUUGAAAACUUGUUCAGUAAGCUUUGA